GAUGAAGAUGAGUGGAAAGAAUUUGAGCAAAAAGAGGUUGAUUACAGCGGACUCAGAGUGCAGGCCAUGCAGAUCAGUGAAAAGGAAGAAGAUGAUAAUGAAAAGAGAGAAGAUCCAGGAGAUAACUGGGAAGAAGGUGGAGGUGGUGGUGGUAUAGAGAAAUCUUCAGGUCCCUGGAACAAAACAGCUCCGGUACAAGCGCCUCCCGCUCCAGUAAUUGUUACAGAAACCCCAGAACCGGCAAUGACUAGUGGUGUGUAUAGGCCUCCUGGGGCCAGGCUAACCACAACGAGGAAAACGCCACAAGGACCACCAGAAAUAUACAGUGAUACACAGUUUCCAUCCUUGCAGUCCACUGCCAAGCAUGUAGAAAGCCGGAACAGGGAUAAAGAAAUGGAGAAGAGCUUUGAAGUAGUAAGACACAAAAAUAGAGGUAGGGAUGAGGUUUCAAAAAACCAGGCCCUUACACUUCAGCUAGACAACCAGUAUGCUGUGCUUGAAAACCAGAAAUGCAGCCACACACAUUACAAUUAAGGAAUGGUCUUUGCUAACCCCUCUAAGGUAACUAGACCACAGCUAACCACCAUGAACAGCCAUUCAUCAUCUGAUCUCUGUUGGAUCUACAGCGGCUGAUGCAGACCAUGCAAGUGACCAGCCUGUUGCACUAUGGAAGUUUAAAGUAUCACAACUGCUCUUUGUGUAUAUUGGAUUUAGGGGAAUUUUCAUUGUUAUAUAAAUGUAUGAACUAGAUUCAACACUUUUCAUAAUCGCUCUGCAAAUACAAAAAACCAAAUCCUGCAGCCAGUGGUCAUUUGGAAGAUCUUUUUAUGUUCAGAUACUGAGCCUUUGUCAGGGUUGACUACCUCAGAUUUGCUGCACUCUUUGUGGACUUCACGUGGAUCACAACUUCUGGAUAAGAAGGUUACAGCUUUUAAAGUGUCGAUGUGAACCUUGAAACCAGCUCUACUGGAUUUCUAUCAGAAAUCCUGCAGAAAGUCAGCCAUCUGGGUUCUGAUCUGCUAUAAAAGAUGAAGAUUUAAGUGACCUUAAUUAACCUGUCCUGUGCCCUACCCUGAAGAGUACUCUGUAGUAAGCUGUGGCUAUAUUAGACUUUUGAAACAUGCCGCUCUCAAAAAACUGAUGUGUUCAGAUCAUCUGAGUAGGGCUGUGAUUUAUAAUUGCAAUUUUUAGUUAGUCUGAGGUAACUACAAAUUAAAUUCUACCAAACUUGGAUCCACCAAGUGGGAAAGAGGGUGGGCUGGGGGAAUAAUCUAGUUUCCUUUAGUAGUUUUUUUAUUUGUAUAGUGCUUUUUCUGUGUUCCACAUUAAGGCCUUUUUUGCUUGGACUUAGAAUAAGUUCUUUGACAGCAUAUUACUUGGUCAAGUAACCUGAAAUACGCAUUCGAAUUGUGAUGUCUUGUGAAUUUGCCAACCCUAGAGUGGAACCAAAUAGCCUUUGAUGUAGAGGGCAGCGGAUGCUGGAGGCUCUACUUCCGGUGCUGCUACAGCCUCCUCUAAUCAGGUCUAAAUUGUAUAGUAAACUGCUGUCGAAAGAGUAUGGUUUCCGCUCAGGCUAAGGCAGUGGUGGUGAACCUAUGGCAUGCGUGCUGCACCAGGCUUUUGGCCUUGAAAGCUCUAAAAGGUUUGCCAUCGCUGGGCUAAGGGAUUCACUGACACGUCCUACAGAUUCAAAGCCACAAAGCUAAACCUCACCUAGCGCCCAUUUCAGUUUCCUGGAUCUUGCAUGAUCUUUGAUGAGACUUCCUUACAUACUUGUGCCCAAUUUUUAAGGUAUUGGCCAUUCUGUAGAUGCAGUGAUUGUCCCAGCUAGCUCUGUUAUCAGCCUUUUGGUGUGUUUUCUUAGUGUUCAUUUGGGAAGGCAGGGCUGAAGAUACUGAUGUAGCACUUCUGCUUUUCUGCAGACUCCAGACUAUCCAGUAGUAUAUAGUAGUCCUUACAAGGGACUUGAGGAAGCUCCCCGGGAUUACUGAACUUUUUUCCACCUAAUAAGAUAGUCUAGCAGUUUUUCCUUAGUCUGGUAUCUUUGGUUCAGUAGAAAUAUUUCAUAGUGGUAGUGACCACUUGAUGCAGAGUCUGGGUUUCUCUAUAAUAAAUCCCUUUGCCAAAUGCAGGAGUUGCACACUUACUGCAGGCAAGAGUAAAGCAAGUGGGUAAGUAACCCUUCUGGUGUUGGGGCAUUUUCCUGUAGGAGUUCAGUCUGAUGAACAUGUCGGUGUAGCAGUCGGACUCCUGAGGGUGCUGUAGACAGUCCGCAGACAGGUCCUACUGGCCACUUGUGGGCAGUAAUGUUGACAUCGUUCGAGGUGGCAGGUACGAUGCCUGUCUUCUGGGGUAUUUGGGUGAGUAGCUGAGCCAGCCAAGGGAGUUUGGAGGAUUACGGGAAAAGUAAGAGAUUCUUGGUUAAGCAGAAGAUUUCAUUUGGGAACCAAAAACAAGUAAUCUCUUGGAUCUUGAGCCACAUAUUUUCCUUGAAAAAUAUGCAUUUUCCUACAAAAUUUUGUCAGUUAUGUUACUGAGAGGUGAAGUGAGAUGAAUAUGAAGUUUUAUUUAAUGGCACACUGUACUGGAAAUCUGAAGACCCGCAGCAGAUUUAAAUUCCAACUCUUACAAUUUUUUAAAAGAUUGUGAAAUUACAAAAAUGCACAUGAAUCAAGUUUUAAUAUACUGAAUGAUGGGUGGAUGAGGCAGUCCAUUGUACCAUUUCUUUUUUUGGAUUCUCAGGCAUGGUUUGGCAGUGCAAGAACUCUGUAACAUUAACAAAUUCAAUAAAAAAGUAAAUACUACGGA